UGGGUCAUAAGGAAAAUGUAAAGAAAAAAAUAGGAUUUCCAGAUGAAUGUUUCCCUGAAUAACUUAUUCAUUCACAAAGAGGAGACUAAGGUUCUAGGACUUAGCUAUAAGAUGAACGUUUUAUGGAUAGUGAGUGUACUAGCUGUUGUGAGUGGCGCCAACGUACAGAAUGAAAACGUCCAGUGGUUUGAUCUGGAGUCCGCACAGAAACACCCAGAGCAGUUACAUAUCCUGAAGGCCAAGGCAGGGAUCAACUACCAGCCAUAUGAACAAGCCUGGAAGGAAUUCAAAAUACUUCAUGAUAAAAGUUAUGAGGAUCAUGAAGAGGAAAGUCGUCGCUUUGAAAUUUUCAGAGAGAACGUCCUGAGGAUUGAGAAACACAACAAACUGUUCCACUUGGGCAAGAAAUCCUACUACCUGGGAGUGAACCAAUUCACUGAUCUGAAAUAUGCGGAGUUUGAAAAUUUCAAUGGUCUGAAAAUGACUAAUCUUAACAAUACUAAGUGUUCAAGCCACCUUUCAGCCAACAACAUAGUUGUUCCUGACUCUGUGGACUGGAGAUCAAAGGGAUACGUCACAAAAGUAAAAGACCAGGGUGCAUGCGGGUCAUGUUGGGCCUUCAGCGCGACUGGUUCUCUUGAGGGUCAAUACUUUCGAAAAAAUGGAAAACUAGUUCCUCUCAGUGAGUCACAACUUGUAGACUGCUCUGGAUCAUUUGGCAAUGAGGGUUGUAAUGGAGGGUUUAUGGAGAAUGCAUUCAAAUAUGUCAAGUCGGUUGGAGGCAUUGAGAGUGAAAGUGAUUAUCCAUACAAAGCAAGGCAACGAACCUGUGCAUUUGACAAAACCAAAGUUGUUGCCACUGUGAGUGGGUGUGUGGAUGUAGAGAGCGGAAGUGAAUCGUCUCUGAAGGAGGUCGUGUCCGAGGUUGGUCCUGUAUCCGUGGCGAUCGAUGCCGGCCACUCGUCGUUCCAAUUAUACGCUGGAGGUGUGUAUGAUGAACCACUCUGCAGCACAAGCAGGUUGAAUCAUGGUGUUUUGUGUGUGGGUUAUGGAACUAGUUUGCAGGGAAAGGAUUACUGGAUUGUUAAAAACAGUUGGGGUGUUCGGUGGGGAGUAGAAGGAUAUAUUAAAAUGUCCAGAAACAAGAACAACCAGUGUGGUAUCGCCUCACAGGCCAGCUACCCUCUGGUGCCCUAAAACAUUCACGCGAGUUUUUGAAACAAAAAAAGAAGAAUGAAUCAGAAAGGUCUAAAGCGGUUUGACUUAAAAUACAGUUCAAUUAGUUUUAAACUCUAUAUUCCUUUUGAAGUUUCACAUAAAUAACCUAUAUAUAUUGUUCAUGUAAUUUGGUUUCCUACAAGUAUUUAUUUAGCACGACUAUAUUCACACCUACGGAUAUUUGCGACAUUUGACAGAAUUUUGACCUUUUUUAUUUUCCUUUUAUAAAAAAGAAAUCUAAUUCCUUAGUUUAAGUGCAAUUGAGAUAGAUAGAAAGAUAGAUAUAUAGAUAGAUAGAUAGAUAGGUAGAUAGAUAGAUAGAUAGAUAGAUAGAUAGAUAGAUAGAUAGAUAAUGAGGUCUCUAUUUCUUAUCAUUGUUGAAGAGAUAUAAAAACAAUUUUGUUAUUGUCAAUUUUACGUUAUGAAUCAGCUUAGCUUUUUUAUAUAGCGUAAUUUUUAUUAUGCAUGCAGUAAUAAGAUGCAUAUAAUGUUUAUACAUAUAUAGCUGUUUUUAAGGAAUAUUAACCCUAAUAAGGUGUUUUUUUUAUUAUUAUUUGAAAUGAUUUUUUGGUGUGGAAAAAAACGUAUUAUAAGAUUUUUUUUAAAGCAAUAUGAGCUGUAUUUUUUAUAAUUUUAUUUUGCUGCAAAAAUGUGCUAGUAUGAUAAGUCUGCAUAUAACUUAAACUUUUAUGAUGAAUAAGGUUUGAAAAAAUCAUUAAUUUUUGUCAGAGGAAAGAUUUUUCUACUAAGGAACAUAUAGCAAAUCAAUUUUGGUACAGGACGACAAUAAUUCAAUUUUGCUCCUAAUAAGGCUUCUUAACGGCCUUUUCCACAAAAAUAUGGCAAACAGAAAUUUAAAAACCAUGAUAUUUUGUCAUUUUCGUAGAAAAAAAACAUUUUAGUAAAAAAAAAUUCAACAUGAAAAAUGCAGCUCAUAUUGCUUGAAGAUAACAAUAAACACCACCAAUAUGAAUGUU